AUGAAACCUUACACUUAUCAACAUCGUGUAUCAUAAUUAGAUGAUAUGGAUGAUCAUUCAGUGUUGUCUAAGUCCAAAUUACAUGGAUUCUACUAUUAUGCACAUAUGUUGGGAAUCUAUUACUUAAUUGAUCUCAUCUAUUUUAAUUAGUUAGGGACUAUACUAGCUAAUUCACCAACUAUAUCUGCUGUGAAGAGAGAUGGUAUUUUAAUGAUAAUCUGGGCUAUCUAUGUAAAUUAUAAUUACUUAUAUUAGUCAUUCACAUAUCCAUAUACAAUAUACUUUUCACAUAAGUUUGGAUAAUAAAAGUUAUACAUAUUUUUCAUAUCUCUUCCAUUUAUUAUAUUUCCAUGGUUUACUAUUAAAUAUUAAUUGGGCUUUAUACCUGGAGCUUUUGUUGGUGCUAUGGCUUGUAUUGGAUUUAUGAAAGAAGUUUCUUAUAUAAAACGUUGUUAAAAGCCUAUUAGUUUAUGGGAAUUCUUUAUAUAUAUGAUUACUCCAGCUUUGGUAUUCUAUCAUGAUUAUCCAAAAACAAAGAAAAUAAGAUUAGUUUAUUGUUUUGCAAAGUUAUUUAAUAUAGCUUAUUUUGAUAUCCUUGGAGCAGUAAUAAUAGCUAAACAUAUUGAACCAGCAAUAAUAGGAACUUCAGAUUAGCUGCUAUAAACAAUAUUAUUAUUAUUCCCAUUAACUGCAUUUUGGAUAGUACUUUUCUUCUUAACCUUUGAAAACAUAUUAAAUUUAUUAGCUGAGAUAACAUAUUUUGGGGAUAGAGAAUUCUAUCAUGAUUGGUAUUACAUAUUAUUUAAUAAUAAGGUGGAAUGCAACAACCUUUGAAGAAUUCAAUGCAAAAUGGAAUACAGUAGUUUAUGCUUUUUUGCAUACCCAUGUAUAUUUAUAAUUUUAAGAAUGGAAAAUACCAAGAGUAUGGUCAAAAGUAUUGACUUUUGCAUUUUCAGCCUUACUUCAUGAGGUAAUAUUGAUAACAGCUUUACGAUAAUUUACUCCUUUUAUGACAUUUAUUAUGUUGCUCCAAGUACCAGUAAUGAUGGCAUUAAGAUUCUUAAAGAAUACUAGGAUAGGAUUAAUUUACUUUUGGUUUAGUUUAUUACAUGGAGUACCAAUUAUCGUUAGUUAUUAUGUAUUGGUUUGA